AUGGCUGCCCCUCUGAUUUCUUUGCAACGAGCUGUUGGGGCAGGCCUUUUUCGAUCGGAGUCGUCUUUGACCCUCCCAUUGGCACAACAAUUUGCCCUUUCCCUGAUCGCGGAGAGCAAGGAUAUCCCAGGAUUUGCCAGAAGCCCAGCACCUCCUCCAGACAAAAGCGGCCUCUUCCUAUAUCCUUCGAGCAUGGCAGGUCCCUGGUGGCACGGUGCUGGUCAGAGCGCUUUGUCUCUGCUUCCUCCUCUGUGGAGCUUCGUUGUGUGGCAGGAAAGUGGAGGAAUGAAGCAGGGAGCCUUGGCCUGGCAAACUUUGCUUGCAGCCUGGACUUCUUCAGUGGUGUCCAAGCAGUACCGGGACCUACUAGCCAAGAAUAAGCAGGAGCUCUUCUUUGGAAGCCGCUGGCACCUGCAACUCUUGCUCGGUGAGCUUGGGGGGGAGAUCUACAAGCUGCCGGGUUGCUCCAGGCUGGUUGCGCGGUUUGCAAGCGGAGCCGAUUACCAGCGACAGUUCCGACAAGUCUGCGUUGCUUUCCAAUUUGGUUUCAACCUGUGUGUCACGGCAAGGUCUAACACUUUGACUUUUGAGGAGUGCCAGCCAAGCAGUCAGCAGCUCCUGAGCGGUCAGGACUUGGGCUUGUUAUUCUUGCAAGACUACAAACAGCGGACCAACUCAGAGGCAUCUUAUGACAGCGUGGUCGACACGUCUCAGGAUCUCGGAGUUGAUGAAUUCACGAAGCACAGUCUGAACGUGGCUUGUGAAACGAAUCAGGCGGUCCGAAAGUUAAGCUUUGGCGUCGGCGGCGUGGGCGCAGGAGACUCAGGAUUGAGCGGCUCCUGCACAUCCACCGUCUUGAGGGGAACACGGAGGGACAGAGGUGUGACCCUGCCAUUCAGCUUCCGGAACGAGGGCGCGGAUCGGUUUUUCCGGACCAGAGACGGUCACAGCAAUGAGGGUUUCAAGAUGUAUUUGGACGACAAUUUCGACAACGAAGUGCACUGGGAGAGCUGGAUACGGUUUCCACUACUGUCUCGAGCUAUCCCUGAGGAAGCUGGACCAGUGAAGGGUAUAUGUCGCCUCAACACAGAGACUGGCACCGACGCUCGCUCGUUCGAAUGCUCAGAUGGGAUUCGACGAAUUUGCUUUUAUGGGAGGACUCUGGCUAAGAGUAUCAUUGCAUGCACUCGGGCCAUAUGGCUCGGAUCUGUCAACAGCAACAGCUUUCGCCUGGAGGCUAUUGAGAUAAAUCUUGACCGCGGCAUCCAGCAAACCUACCUGGCACCAAAUUUCAAGCCGACCACAAGCAACCAAUUCUUCUGGCGUGCUGACAACCUUGGUGGUCUGGAUAGCCUGCAGCUUACAUGUGGAGUCGGUGAGGUGAUCACCAGCUUCAGCAAGGUCUUGGGCCUGGGUGCCUGUGUGGAGAAGACUUCUCUGGAACAAGUUGAGAUUGACUCCAAGGAGCGCGGUCUUGUGGAAAUCGAUUGUGCGGAGGGUCACGUCAUCAAGAAAUUGGAAACAGAGGUCAAUUAUGUAACCGAAAGCUUUCGACUGAAAGCUACUUGCUGUUUUGUGGCUUCCAUGCCGUUUACCCUGCGCCCGUAUCAGCAAUUCGACACGGCUGAUGUAGAUGAGCUCUCAGGCAUCUUCUGUCCCAAGCCAGAAGGUCUGGACGACUCCGGCCGUCCUGAGUUAUCACAACAACUCAGCUUCAAGUUUCCUAGCAAUGUGCCGCAGGCAGAGUUGCAGUAUGACAAAGCCCUUGGCAAGUGGAGCCUGAAGGACCGGCCUUCACCAGUCUGUGCUUCUACUGACCCAGCUGUGGAAAGCGAUGUGGUCCAUCCGUUAAACUUGGCCCUGGGGAGAUUCUACGUUGUGCCCAUGACAAAUUUCGAUGGGGUUUUUGAAACCCCCGUUGGAGUGGCAAGGGACGCGGCAACACCUCAGCCACCGCCCAAGCCGACCCUCAUUACCUUCAGCGCGACAUCCCCGGACUUUGCCGCAGAGUGCCAGGAUGAGAACACUCCAGGCACACGAACGUUUGACCGCAAGCGAAUGAACCAGAAGGCUCAGGAGCUCUUGAGCGCAGAUAGCGAGCACCCAUGCGGCUACAUCUUCAGCGAGCCAAGGACAUCGAGGGAAGUCGCUGCCCCGGGCCUUUCCUGGUGGCCUCAGUCAGAUGUCUCUCCGUAUGCGGGGAUUGGCUUCAGAGCAGCCUCUGGUGGCUUUGACGGUGGUGAUGAAACUGGAAGCGGUGUCACCUACAGAACUGUUAAGGAGUGCUCGGACAGAGUGAAAUCGCGCCAAAUAGACAAUAGCGCUGACAAGUUUCCAAUAACAACCGGGCUACUCAUUCUUGACAAGCUAAAGGACGACAAGCAGGCAACAGCAGAAGCGGUAGUGAAACUCUCCGCAGGCCUAGGUGCCGAGACAGAAUGGAGUCCAGGAUUGACACUCAAUUCCUUUUCCAGGGUGGUUGCGAACGCCGGAAAGGCAGUGCUCACAACGUAUGCGAAAGCCUUGGAGAGGGACUUCAACAAGGCCAAUGCAAACGAUUGUGAUCCUUUACAGCACGGCCUCGCUCGGAUCUUUUGUGACUUGUAUUGUAUCCGCGACUUUGUGAAGAAGGGCGAUGCUGCGAUCCUCCAGAACCUGCAGUCCGCCACCGACACGCUGAACCAAAAUUUGCAGGAACUCUUCUCUUUCUAUGCAGGUGCCGGCCUUAGAUUGUGCUUCGCCGGUGCAAAGACUUGA